AUGGAAUCAAAACAUUCAAAAAGACGAGAUAAAGUACGACGCUACAGAUUAUUGAGAACAUUAAUUGAAAAGUUUGCCAAAUACAGACAGCUAAGUUGCAAUCAUUCACACACCACUUCCUGCAAAAAAUGUCAACUUGUAGACUCUUGUGUGGACAUUGUUGAAACGGCAUUCAGUAAUUUAGAGAUUCCACAAACAUUAUCUGAUGAAAUAAGUUAUGAACUUGAAAAUGGAGCUCGAUAUGUAUUGGAAUGGAAAAGACAUCUAUUGAGAACAGUUCACCAAGAUGGAGCCAGGAAUGAUGUUUUAAGUGAUCUUAAGGACAAUCAAGGACUGCUUAUAAUGGACUGGGGUAUGAAAUUUUUGCCAUUCAUCUAUAGAGAAACACAGUCAGAUUUUUUUGGUAAAAAAGGCAUCAGUUGGCAUUUUUCCUGCCUUGUUCUUCGUUCACCAAUAGACAGAGAAAAACUUGAUCUUUUUUGUUAUGUGCAUAUUUUAGAGGAUGGAUCACAGGGUUGGUUCUCUAUUGCUAAUAUACUUGUUCACCUUCUUCAUGAAUUCAAAAGUGACAAACCCUUAUUAGAAGAAUUAUUCCUGAAAAGUGACAAUGCUGCUUGCUACCAUUGCACAAAUCUUAUUUCAUUUAUACAACAAUGUAACAAAGACUUUCCUAUCAAAAUCAAGCAGUACAACUUCAGUGAGGCUCAGGCCGGAAAAGAUUUGUGUGACAGUAAGACCGGCAGUUGUAGACUGCAUAUAUUUAAGUAUGCCAAUGAAGGACAUGACAUUUUGAAUACUAAUGAUAUGAAAACAGCAUUGGAAAGUCAUGGAGGUGUGAAAGGGACACAAGCCUGUAUAGUUUCUGUUAAUCAAGAAGUAGAACCUAAGAUUAGAACUAAGAUUCCAGGUAUCAGUACUUUCAACAAUUUCACAUUUUUGGAUGAUGGAAUUGUUGUGAAGAAAGCAUACAAUGUUGGUAGUGGAAAGAAGAUAGGUAAUGGAACACUUACAGAUAAAAACCUUGAAGUAGAAAGAGUUUACAACCUGAAGAUAAAUGAUCCUUUUCCUGGAGCACAUGAAGUAGGAACUGUUUCACUUAACCAGCACCAUGUCGAUGAAAACACCACUAAUGAAAGUGUUGCCAACGAAGUUUCUGAAACAGUUGGAAAUGACCACAAUUCUGAAACUGAUUCAUUCUUUUCAUGUCCAGAUCCUUCAUGUCAGAAGAUAUUUGCCAAGUGUUUCAAUCUUGAAAGACAUUUAGCAAUUGGAAAUCAUUCAUAUCUCACAAAUUCAUGUACAAGUAUGGAUGAAGCUGUAAAUAUGUAUGCCUCAAAAUGUGAAACACUCAGAGAAUCUAAUAAUUUGUUAGUGUCAACACUUACAUCAGAUACUGAACUUAAUAUUAACAGUAAUUCAGAGGACAGAAUGGGAUGGGCUAUAAAAAACAAGAGAAAAUCAACCCGAUUCUCACUACAAGUAAAAGAUUACUUAAUUCAAAUUUGUGAAGCUUGUGACAAAACUGGAAAACGUCCAGAUUGUGGUUCUUUAUCUGAAGAAAUAAAGAAAGCUUGCAAUGAAAAUGGGGAAAAACUUUUCAAAAAAGAAGAAUGGUUGAGCAGCACACAAAUUAAAGGAUUCAUUGCAUCCUAUUUGUCUAGAAAAUCAAAGUUAUCUGAUCAUGACACUACACCUCCUCCAUCUAAAAAACAAUCAGUUUCUCGAAAUGAAUGUGUUCUUGAAGAAGUUACAAUGGAAGAUGACGAGAAGCUUACUGAAAUUGUGACAGCUUUAGAAACAGAUGACUACAAUGAAAAUAUGAACAAUAUGGUUGACAAUGUUUUCUUAGCUAUUAACAUACAAUCAUAAUCAUAGUGUCUCAGUAUUUAUACAGAACUGUAGAUUUUUCAUAGGUUUAUUACUUUAAUGAUGUUCUUACAUGACUUAGGACAGGAAUUUGUGUAAAGUUUUAUGACUCUCAUGACUCUUUUGUUUUUUAAUAUUUUUUUUUUUAAAGGUAUCCCAUAUAAAAAUACAUUUUGACAAUGUUUGAGCAAAUUUUAAAUUUAUUUUCUUUCGAUUUUUAGACCCAAAUCAUACAUGUACUAAAAAUGCAAAUAUAAAGUUAAAGUAUGAGUCAGACUUUUUUUUUUUAUUUAUAAUAUCUGGAAAAGGAGCACAAUAAAGAAUUGAUGAGUUUAGCUUAUUUUGUUCCUGAACUAAUAUUCCUCUUACUUAUACUGCAAGUACUAUAAGUCUUAUAGUAUAUAUUUUUCAUUCUUUUUUUUUUUGCAAUUUUUAACGUAAAAGAUUAUCUGAGUUCGACUAGUUGGUGUCAAAGAAGAUAACAUCAUUUCUCAUUAUUUUCUUUUUCAAAUUGGAAUAAUAACUUGAAUUGAAAGUUUGUUAAGUUUGCAUUACUGUGUAGAUACAACUGUGUUGUAUUUAAAGUUGUCCAUCUGUAGUUUAUUUGUUGCAUGUUAAAACAUUUGUUGCAUGUUAAAACUUUAUUUGCAACAGUAAAAAUACUGAUAGGCAUCCGCAAAGUUUCAAAUACAGUAACCUCUAUUCUAAAAGUCCUGAUUUAAAAAAAAAAAUGUUUUACUCAUUUAAUAAAUGUUAUGUUAUUAAUAUCCUGACUGAUGUUUUAUAUUGUAGUAGUUUCUGAUUAUUUUUUUUGGUAAAUUUUCAGAAGUCUUAUUUUAAUUAGCAAGGUUGAUCAUUUGAUAAUGUUUACCGAAAUUAUGAUUUGGAAUUUACUUAUAAAAAUAUAGUGUAUUUACUUUAGUCACAUUACAAAUAAGAGUUAUCUACCUUUAUUUCAAGUAAUUCAUAAAUUAUUUAAUGAAAUUAUACCUAUAUAAAAGAUGGUAUUUUAUAUUAAGCUUAUAAACAUUUCAGAUUUUCAUCCAAAAAUGGUUCAAGUGCAAACAAUCAGAUCAUGCAGAUAAAUUAGUGUUAAAGCUGAAACAAUACAAAUGUAUAAACAUACAUUCUUAAAGUUCUUUGCGUACUUUGAUUAUUUGUUCACAGGAUUGUUCUGAUUUGAAUUAAUCAAUUGUAUUGAAAUGUGAUAGAAAACUAGCAUUCACCUGGUAGAUUUCAAUGUUGUAUCAAUAAUUUGUCAUUUUUUUUUUUUUAUAAAGCUUUCCAUGAGUGCUUUUAGCACUUUGAUUUUAUGUUUGCAGUAUAAUAUUGCUUUAAAUUACAGAAAACAACAUUUGUAUUAAUAAAGCACUUGAUUUGUAAAAUCUAAACCAGUAGUUAUUGCUUUAUUUAGAAAAAGAAUGAGUUUAUACACUGAAAAUAGUAUACAAAUACAGAUUGAAAUAUGUAGAGGACUAGCUGUACUAAGAAACAAACUACCGAUAUUUCAAAUUAUUUGCCGUGGGUGGAUUUUUUUUAUUUCUUUAACUUAUCAGAGAGGUUUAUUUUGAUACAGUUAACUUUUAAUUACAGCUUCACCUUUUCGCCAUUUUAGCAUUUUUGUCAGGUGCUUAUUUGGC